UUACACGUUGCCUUUUCUUUUUUGCGUCUCACAGAAACGGUAAACAAAAAAGCAAACUUUCCUUCUAUGUCUUAUUUUCUCUUCUUUUUUCUGUGGUCUGUUUUCUAGAAUCGCCGUUAGUUAUCACUGACGGCGACGUAGUUUUGAGCGAUUAGAAGAUUUGAGGAUAAUUUUGUUUGAGGUUUAUUUGUGGUCAAUGACGGACAUCUGUCGGAGAAUGCUGAGCGAUAAUGAUGAUGAAGAUUCGCCAGUGAAAUGCAGGGAACGACGUCGUAGGAGAAUUGAAAUGAGGAGGCUAUCUUCUUUACCUUGUUCCGGUGCACCUUUUCCUCCGCCUCAUCCGUCUCUAAUAACUGAUAACAGCCAGAUGGAGAGUACUCAGAGGUCAGAGACUGUUGCGAGCGGAAAUCAGAUUAGGACUGCUGUGGAUGAUACUGUGGAAGCGCAGGUAGUUGAGAACGAACCGACGUUGGGGAUUAUGUCAGUGGCGGGUAGGUCACGUGACAUGGAGGAUGCUGUAGCUGUACGUACUAGUCUUUGCAAGCCGGAGAUUAAUAAUCGGUUGCCGGUGCAUUACUUCGCUGUGUACGACGGUCAUGGCGGUUCUCACGUGGCGGCAUUAUGCAGGGAGAGGAUGCACGUGUUCUUGGAGGGCGAACUGAUGCGCGUGGACCACACUGAUAAUGUCGAGAGUGGAGAAGGUAACAGCAGCAGCGGCUCAAGGGAGCGUGAAUGGGAAGAGAAAUGGAGGAGUGUGCUGACCCGAAGCUUCAGUAGUAUGGAUGAGGCUGCAUUAUCAACAUGCGCGUGUGGCAGCAUUGGGUUCGAGUGUGCGUGCAACCCGGUGGAGGCGGCGCUUGGAGGAUCAACUGCUGUUGUAGCCAUGUUAACUCCGGAGAACAUUAUCGUUGCUAACUGUGGUGAUUCACGCGCCGUGCUGUGCAGAGGUGGGAUGGCAAUCCCGCUUAGUGUUGAUCACAAGCCUGAUAGAUCAGAUGAACUUGCAAGGAUUGAAGCUGCUGGGGGUCAUGUCAUCUAUGUAAACGGGGCUCGAGUUGAAGGCAUUCUUGCUAUGUCCCGAGCAAUAGGGGACAAGUAUUUAAAGCCCUUUGUGACAUCAGAGCCGGAAAUCACCUUCACGAAAAGAGAACCAGGUGACGAGUGUUUGAUUCUUGCUAGUGAUGGUCUGUGGGAUGUAUUGUCAAGCGACUUGGCUUGCGAGGUAGCUUCCGAGUGCUUGCGAGAGGGAAGUCCUACAACAAGGACUCAGAGGGAGGAUGAGGGGGCUGGGGCAUUGUAUCCUUCUCGAAGUGUAUUGGCAGCUGCGCUCCUCACCCGUCUUGCUUUGGCAAGGAGAAGUGCUGAUAAUAUCAGUGUGAUCGUGGUUGAUCUGAAGAGGAGUUAAAUGGCUCGUUGAAAGAGGGUGGAUUAGAGUCGGUUUAUGUCGAAAUCAACUUUGUACAGUUGAGGACAACAUCGUGCAUAGAUAGGUUAAAUUGGGGGAUACAAAUAUUUACAUUAUAUUAAAUGCGUUGAAUUAGCUUGGACUUUCUUUAACCAUGGUAGGCUGAAGCGGCUUAUUUGUUAUAUGGUUUUUUUAGUUCAGUGUCACCAUGCUUCAAGCAUGAAACAAUGUGUUUCUUUGGGCAUUAAAUAAAAUCAUUUGGCAGUCAA